AUGGAUCUUGAGUCUGUGAUCCACAAGAACACAAUUAAGGAGGAAUCAUGGAAGCAUGUGUUGGUUUUGGCUUAUCAAAGUUUAGGAGUUGUGUAUGGAGAUUUAAGCACUUCUCCACUUUAUGUUUACAAAAGUGCUUUUGCUGAGGAUAUUGAACAUUCGGACACAAAUGAAGAAAUCUUUGGUGUAUUGUCUUUUGUGUUUUGGACACUGACACUGAUUCCACUUUUCAAGUAUGUGUUCAUUGUUUUGAGAGCUGAUGAUAAUGGUGAAGGAGGGACUUUUGCUCUGUACUCUUUGCUAUGUAGACAUGCUCGUGUGAGUUUGAUGCCGAAUACACAGCUUGCAGAUGAGGAUUUGACACAGUACACAAUGGAUGGAACUGCUGCAAUCAAUAAGAGAAAUGUUGGGUCUGGCUUGAAAUCUUUGUUGGAGAAACAUAGGGUGCUUCAAAGGGUUCUUCUUGUUCUUGCUUUGAUUGGGACAUGCAUGGUUAUUGGUGAUGGUGUUCUCACACCAGCAAUUUCUGUUUUUUCUGCUAUUUCAGGUUUAGAGCUUUCCAUGUCUAAAGAGCAGCACAAAUAUGUGGAGGUUCCGGUUGCUUGUAUAAUACUGAUAUUUCUAUUUGCGCUUCAACAUUACGGCACUCACCGUAUUGGAUCUCUUUUCGCACCUGUUGUGUUGACGUGGCUGAUAUGCAUAAGUUCUAUUGGUAUUUAUAAUAUAAUCCACUGGAAUCCACAUGUUUACCAAGCUCUCUCUCCGUAUUACAUGUUCAAAUUUCUGAAGAAGACUCAAUCGGGAGGUUGGAAGUCCUUGGGAGGGAUUCUAUUGUGCAUAACAGGCUCAGAAGCUAUGUUUGCUGAUUUAGGACACUUUUCGCAAUUGUCUAUCCAGAUUGCUUUCACUUUCUUGGUAUACCCUUCUUUGAUCUUAGCCUAUAUGGGACAAGCUGCGUAUCUUUCCAAGCAUCAUUCCCUUGAAACUGACUAUAGAAUCGGGUUUUAUGUGUCUGUACCAGUAAAACUUAGAUGGCCUGUUCUUGCAAUAGCCAUACUUCAAGCUGUGGUUGGAAGUCAAGCUAUCAUCACUGGAACUUUCUCGAUAAUCAAACAGUGUUCCUCUUUAGGAUGCUUCCCGAAAGUCAAAAUUGUUCAUACAUCCUCCAAAAUACACGGCCAGAUUUACAUUCCUGAGAUCAACUGGAGUUUGAUGCUUCUUUGCCUGGCUGUUACAAUUGGUUUUCGAGAUACCAAACGCCUCGGAAAUGCAGCAGGUUUGGCUGUGAUAACCGUCAUGCUGGUGACCACAUGCUUAAUGUCUCUGGUUAUAGUCUUGUGUUGGCACAAAAGUGCUUGGGUAGCUAUUUGCUUUUUAGUAUUCUUUGGUUCCAUUGAAGCUCUCUAUUUCUCUGCCUCACUCAUCAAGUUCCUUGAAGGUGCUUGGGUCCCUAUUGCUCUUUCACUCAUCUUUCUUAUUAUCAUGUAUGUAUGGCACUACGGCACAGUUGUGAAAUAUGAAUUCGAUGUUCAAAAUAAGGUCCCUAUUAAUUGGCUCCUUGGUGUAGGCCCGACUCUAGGAAUCGUAAGGGUUAAAGGUAUUGGCCUAAUACACACCGAGCUUGUAGCCGGGAUUCCGGCUAUCUUCUCUCAUUUUGUUACCAAUCUUCCUGCUUUUCACCAAGUUGUAAUCUUUCUAUGCAUCAAAUCCGUCCCGGUACCGCAUGUUGCACCUCGAGAGAGAUUCUUAGUUGGUAGAAUUGGACCAAAGGAAUAUAGGCUUUAUAGGUGCAUAGCACGAUACGGCUACCGCGACGUUCAUAAAGAUGACAUGGAGUUUGAAAACGAUCUUAUUUGCAGCAUAGCAGAGUUUAUCCGAUCCGACAUUUCUGAAUACAGCUCAGGCUUAGGAAGUUUUGAAGACGAUACGAAGAUGACCGUUGUCGGGACUUCAUCGUCAAACUCAGAAGGAGUAAAGAUUUCGGAAGACAAUCAAGAUAAUAAUUCUCAAAUAGAAGGAACUUCGUCGGAGUUGAAGGAAGUUAAGUCGCCGAAAAAAGUGAAGAAGAGAGUGAGGUUCGUUGUGCCGGAUAGUCCGCGGAUGGAUAUGGAUACAAGGGCAGAAUUGGUUGAACUCAUGGAAGCAAAGGAAGCAGGAAUGGCAUUCAUAAUGAGUCAUUCAUAUGUGAGAGCAAAAAGAGGAUCAAGUUGGAUAAAGAAAGUUGUUAUAAAUUAUGGUUAUGAUUUCUUAAGGAGAAACUCUAGAGGACCAGCUUAUGCUUUAAGUUUACCUCAUGCAUCUACCUUAGAGGUAGGAAUGAUAUAUCAUGUAUGA